GGGGCCCGGAGCUGGCAGGGAGCUUACAGCAUCUCCACCCUGGAAACCCGUGGUGGGCUGACACCUCUAGAACAUGGACCGAGUGACCAGAUACCCUAUCUUUAGCAUCCCCCACUCAUCAGGCAUGACCAGCCUGGCCCUCAAUGGGGAUACCAGCUACACAUUCCAGCAGGUAAAUGUGGAGCCCUCGGACAGCAACUGGGACCAGGACCAGCCUGUACUGUGGCUAGCUGAUCACAAGGCCCAGCUGGAUGUGCUGAGGACAGGGGCAUCUUGCAGCCCACACACCUUCCCCAACCAGCCAGCCCUUCAGCUGGAGGAUGAUGAGGAUGAGGAAGUGAAGGCCUACUACCUGGACACCAGGAACGCCCUGCCCAGGCUGCCACGGGACCUGGAGCGGGAGCGCUGGGCCAUCAUCCAGGGCCAGGCAGUGAAAAAGAGCGGCACAGUGGCCACGCUUCAUGGCACCCCUGACAAUAGGGGCCCUAGGACCCCUGGAAUUCCUGAGUUCAUGCCCGUGGAGGAAAAUGUGGUUGACAGGGAGCAGAUCAACUUCCUGGCAGCGAGGCAGCAGUUCCUGAGCCUGGAGCAGGCAAACGCAGGGGUCCCUCAGCAACCUCCAGCCAGGGUAGCCCCAGCGUGUGCCUCACCCAGGAUCAACCAGGCCCCCAAGGCCUUGAAGGAGCUGCCCCUCGCUAAUGGGUAUGCUGUCUCAGUCAAGCCUCAGGUGAAGGAGGUGGUCAUGGAAAAGAAGAGGGUCCGUAGUUUUUCCACUGCGUCUGUUGUCCAAGCUGUCGAUGACCCUGGUUCUCAGUCUCAAGCGGAGUCACUGGAGGUCCCCAAGGAGACACCCAUUGAGCGGGAGAUCCGAUUGGCUCAGGAGCGGGAGGCGGCUCUGCGUGAGCAGAGGGGGCUGCAGCGGGUGGUGGGCCACCAGGAAUUGGUGGAGAUACCCACCCGGCCUCUGCUGACCAAGGUGAGCCUGACCAUGGCCCCACGGCGGGACAGGGGGCGCCCAUCACUCUAUGUGCAGCGUGACAUGGCACAGGAGACGCAGCGUGAGGAGGACCACCGGCGGGAGGGCCUGCAGAUAGGUUCUGUGUCCACACCCGACUGGAUCUCAGAGAGCUCCCAGCCUGGACUUAGGAGAGUGUUUAGCUCAGACUCCAUCCUUGGCCUCGCUCCAGAUGCUAGUGCGGCCAAUCCUGCUCCAGAGCUGAGGAAGGUGAACCGCAUCCCACCUGAUGCCUACCAGCCAUACCUGAGCCCUGGGGCCCCCCUGCAAAAGUUCCCAGCCUUUCACACAUACAGCAAGCCUAGUGGUCUCUCCGCAGAUGAGGCCAAGGCAGUGGCCUCACCAAAGGCCACAGGAUCUAAGAGGCAUCUCUCAGAAUUCUCUGGAAAACCCUCAGGCACAAAGCAGCAGUUUUCGAAGCCCCCCAGAGGACCCCCACAAGCCAAUGGGGGUGUUGUGCGAUGGGAGUACUUCCGCCUGCGUCCCCUGCGGUUCAGGGUCCCAGAUGUGCCCCAGAAGGCUGAGACCCCCCGAAUGUGGGGCUGGGAAGUGGCUGGGGCCCCAGCAUUGAGGCUACAAAGGUCUCAGUCCUCUGAGCUGCUGGACAGGGAGAUGGAGAGUGUCCUGAGGCGGGAGCAAGAAGUGGCUGAGGAACGACGUAUCGCUCUCUUCCCUGAGGUCUUCUCCCCUCAGGACCAAGACUCCAGGAGCUCCUCUCGGGCAUCAGGCAUCAUGGAUAGCUACUCAGUGUCUGAGUCACACUUCUUCACUCCCAUCCACCUGCACUCAGGCCUGGUGUGGACAGCAGAGUCCCCAGCUGAGGCUGUUCCUGGGCAGAGAAAGAAGAAGGAGCAGUGGUAUGCCGGCAUCAACCCCUUGGACCAUGUCAACUUGGAGGUCCUGGAAGCCACACGAGUCACCCGCCACAAGAACACCAUGGCUGAACGCUGGGAAGCCCGUGUCUACGCCAGUGAGGAUGAGGACUGAGCCUAGAGACCGGGGCACCUUGAUCCUGUGGGAACUGCCAAGACGAUCACCAAGCCCCCCACUUUAGGAAACAAGUCCCCAUUUAAACCCACAAUCCGAGCUCACUGGAGCGUUGUUCCAUGGAUU